AGAGCGCGCAGCCCCCGGCCCAGCCCCGCUGCUCCCGCCAUGGCCGCCAGGUGGGCCCCCGCCGCCCCCCAGGAUUUGGAAUGGGACGUGGCCUCGGUGCAGCUGGCGCCUUUGCACCCGUGCUUCCCCCGCAAGCACAGCCACGAGGAGGAGCCCCACCGGCAGGCCACCGAGAUCUCCCUGUGGACCGUGGUGGCUGCCAUGCAGGCCGUGGAGCGCAAGGUGGACACUCAGGCUGGGCGGCUGCUGACCCUGGAGCGGCGGACGGGGCUGGCUGAGAAGAAGCUCUUGGAGACGGAGAAGGCCAUGGUGGACUUUGGUGGCCACCUGGAGGCGCUGGGGACCCUGAUCCAGGAGUACGGGCAGCUCCAACGGAGGCUGGAGAACAUGGAGAACCUUCUGAAGAACCAGAACUUCUGGAUAUUGAAGCUGCCCCCGGGCUCUGAAGGCGAAGCCCCCAAGGUGCCGGUGACGUUUGAUGAGGUCUCCGUCUAUUUCUCUGAGCAGGAGUGGGGGAAUCUGGACGGGUCGCAGAAGGAGCUCUACAAGAACGUGAUGAAGGGGAACUACAAGUCGUUGGUCUCUCUGGAUUAUGCUAUUGCCAAACCUGACCUCUUGUCCCAGAUUGAACGUGGUGAGGACCCAGGAAGUCCUGGGGGAGGAGGAGAUGACCUCAGGAUCAUCGGCCUGGAAGUCCCGACACCCAUGAAUGACACCGUCUCCGUCGCCCAUCAGGACGUGGCUUCUUCGGUAGAGAAUAAGUGGGACAGCAAAGGAAAGGAAGCGCCUGCCGAUGACAGCCCUGAUGCUGGACUUGUCCCUCAGGCAGGGUCUGGGUGCUUGGAACUAUUGCCGGAGGGGUCGGAAGAUGCCGUGUUCCCGUUCCCUGAGCAGGUCCUGGCGUGUGUUGACGGGCAAGCUCUGGGCACAGCCAGCGGCUCGGAGGAGCCUUCCGAGAGCGAAAGGAACUUUGGGGACUUCACCACAAUCAUUGUGCAGGAGGGGUCUCUGCCUGGGGAGGCGCCUUACGUGUGUCCGGACUGUGGGAAGAGCUUUCUGUACGAGGAGCAGUUUGCCCUGCACCAGAGGACCCACCCCCAGGCCUCUCCUGGCCCCCCGGGGAGCCCUGAGCUGAACUUGCCCCUGGGGGCUGAGCUGUGCACCUGUCCGGAGUGCGGCCGCUGCUUCCCCCACCAGGCCAGCCUGAGCAAACACCGCCUGUGGCACUCGGGCGAGCGGCCGCACACCUGCGCCGAAUGCAAGAAGAGCUUCCGGCUGAAGAUCAACCUCCGCCUCCACCAGCGGUCCCACGCGGCCAGUGGGAAGGCCGGCUCCUACAUCUGUGGCGAGUGCGGCCGCGGCUUCAACCACCACUCCAACUUCCUGAGGCACCAGAUGAUCCACACAGGGGAGAGGCCCUAUGCCUGCAGCGAGUGCGGGAAGACCUUCAUCCGCAAGGAGCACCUGGCCACCCACAGCCGGCUGCACACCGGAGAGCGGCCCUACAAAUGCCCGCUCUGCCCAAAAAGCUUCACCCGCAAGCAGCACCUGUUGGGGCACCAACGGCUCCACGAGGAAGAGGCCCCCUGGGUAGACAGUGGCCCCCCCCAGAAACACCCGCACAGCCCGCGGAGCAGAGCCCAGCUGCAGACAGAGGCUCUGGGGCCCCCUUUCAGGCAGGUGACGUUCCCCCCGUAAAUGGCACGUUCAGUGUGCUGUGGCUGGGACUCUAUCGCUGUUCGUUGUGAUGGCAGCCAUCUUGGGUCUGGUGCCAGAAUACAAGGAUCCGUGGCUUGGAACCAAGGAAGCAUUUUACACGUUCUCCCACCACACUGGAGAGAGAGAGAGACUAAACACUAGAAGGUCUGUUAGGGUUACUGUUUGUAAAAAAAAGACAUGGAUUGCUGCCAACUUUCCAGAGUCACCUGCAUGACAGUUGUUAACAGAAGGGGGGUGAUAAGAGGUGUUUCUUUUGCGCACUCUUGGUUGGUAAAGUUGUUGUCUUUCACCUUC